UGAACAAAGAAAAGUAUAAUCUCAUGUAAGAAGAAGAAAUAAAACGGUAGGAAUUCAUUUGUUACUUACCAUUUUUGGACGAAUGAUAUUCGUUUUUUAAUUUUUAUCUUGGUCAACACAUCAUGAUAAGGCUAAAUUUUCGACUUAUCUAGCUCUGUAAACUUGCCCGAAACAACAGUGUCAAGAUGACAUCGUUUUCGCUUGGUGUAGCACUGCUGUGCAUCGUCGCUUUCGCAUUAAUCCACUACGUCUUCGGCUACUGGAAGCGCCGAGGAAUUCGACAGCUUACACCGUACUUCCCGUUUGGCAACUUCACGGAUGUCUUCUUCGGCAAGGCAUCCUUCCCGAAAGUUUGCGAAAACAUUUACGAACGCACCAAGCAAUGGCCGCUGCUUGGAGGCUAUUUCCUACUGCGACCGAUACUGUUGGUCAACGACCCGCAGCUAGCCAAAGACAUCAUGGUGCGGGACUUUCAGCACUUUCACGAUCGCGGACCGCACGUGGAUGAAGUCAACGACCCCUUGAGUGGGCAUCUGUUUGCACUAGCCGGCGAGAAGUGGAAGCACCUUCGGGCCAAGCUGACUCCGACCUUCACCAGCGGUCGACUGAAGGGCAUGUUCCAAACACUGGUCGACUCGGGCGUGGUCCUGCAGGACUACAUCCAGAAGUACGCGGAGGGCGGAGACGUUGUUGAGAUUAGGGAAAUUCUGGCACGCUACAACACAGAUAACAUUGCGUCGGUGGCAUUUGGUAUAAAAAUAGAUUCGAUCAACAAUCCCGACGAACCCUUCAGACAUGUUGGUCGUAAGGUAUUCGAACCAAACUUCCGAAACAAUAUGCGCGGCAUAAUAACGUUUAUGGUGCCGAAGCUCGGCGAGUACCUCAAAAUAAAAACCGUUGAUGACGACGUGGAAGAAUUCAUUUUACGCAUUGUUCGAGAAACACUGGAACACCGUGAAAAGAAUGGGAUCAUUCGCAAAGAUAUGAUGCAAUUGCUACUGCAGCUACGCAAUACUGGAUCCGUAUCUUAUGAUGAACGUUGGGAUGUGGAAACAUCCACCAAGUUCAAGAGUUUUACAUUGAAGGAAGUGGCGGCUCAAGCGCACGUAUUCUUCUUGGCCGGAUUCGAAACAUCCUCGACGACCAUGUCCUUCUGUCUGUACGAACUGUCCAAGAAUCCAGACACCCAACGCAAGGUUCAAGCGGAAAUAGACACCGUGAUGGCACGGCACGGCGGCAAACUGACCUAUGACAGCAUCAAUGAGAUGCACUAUCUUGAAUGUUGCAUAGACGAAACACUUCGCAAAUAUCCACCGGUUGCCGUGUUGAACCGCGAGUGCACAAAAGAAUACAAAAUUCCCAACUCGGACAUCACCAUCGAAAAGGGAACGGCUGUUGUACUUCAGGUAACCGGAAUGCAGCACGAUCCGCAGUACUAUCCGGACCCGAUGCAAUUUAAACCGGAACGGUUCGAGGAUCCGGAAGUGAAGAACAAACCUUAUUUCCCGUUCGGCGACGGGCCGAGGAUUUGCAUCGGAAUGCGAAUGGGUAAAGUGCAGACCAAGGUGGGACUGUCGUUGCUGCUGUCGAAGUUUAACUUCGAUAUCUUUGGCCACCAGGAACCGGAACUGGUGAUGGAUCCGAACAAUUUCAUUCCGACGCCGAUCGAUGGGAUUAAUUUGAAGGUUAGCGUUCGUGGAUAGAAGUUAUUGUUAAGCUGGUUUCGAAUGGUAGUUAAGGCUUUUUAGAAUAAACUGAUGAAAAUUA